CUCCAACUCUACUGGUGCUGCUCCAUAAACUUACUCUUGCAGCCAAGAAUAUCAGGAACACAAUCCUACAAACCUAUGAACCUAUGAACCUCCUCCAUCAUUAAUCAGCUUCAUUCUAUACUAGUAUCUCAUAUCCUAUAGCUCCACAUUGAUCAUUGUUUUUCCGUUCUCCCCUCCAUCUCUGUCUCCAACCUCAAACGACCCCUAGACUCCCUCCCCAAACCCUCAAAACAUACCCCUCCACUCCCACUCCCACCCAUCCUACCCCAAUCAACCACCCCCUCAACCCGCCAUGGCCACCUCCACCUCCCCUCUCAACAUCCUAAUCGUAGGCGCCGGCAUAGGCGGCCUCGCCGCCGCCCUCACCCUCCGCCGCGCCGGCCACUCUGUCCAGAUCUACGAGCGCUCCAGCCUCAACAACGAGAUCGGCGCCGCCAUCCACGUCUGCCCGAACGCCUCUCGCGGCCUGGCCGCCCUGGGCCUCGAUCCCGUGGCCGCGCGCUUCGUGACCGCCAAGAAGAGCUGGCGCGCUGACAGCGUGACGCUGAAGUGCUUCCAUGAGGCGGAUGAGGGGUAUAUUUCUGAGAAGUUCGGGGCGCCGUGGUGGUGGUGCCAUAGGGUUGAUUUGCAUGAGGCGUUGAAGGUGUUGGCGCUGGGGGAGAAGGGGGAAGGAAAGCCGGCGGUGGUGCAUUUGAAGAAGGAGGUUGUGAGUUAUGAUGCUGAGGCGGGGUCUGUGACGUUCGCGGAUGGGAGUGUGGCUAGUGGUGACUUGGUGGUUGCUGCGGAUGGCGUGCACUCCAAAGCCGUUGAGACCGUGAUAGGGCAUCACAACCCGGCACUUCCGACUGAGAAGUACAACUUCUGCUACCGCUUUUUAAUCCCUACUGCAGAGAUCGCUGCGGACCCAGAGACGGCCAGCUGGACCGAGGGCGACGAUGGAAGGAUCAAGGUUAUUGUUACUGAAGGGCGGAGGCUGGUGUGGUACCCGUGCAGAAACAACGAGCAGCACAAUUUUGUGGCUAUCUUCAGCACCGAUGAUGAAGUCAAAAAUGUGGAAGAUUAUCGAACCCCUCUCGAGGUUUCCGCUCUCCUAGAAACCUACAAAGGCUUCCACCCCUCCGUCCUCGCAGUCCUUAAGAAAGCAAGAGACAUCAAGCAAUGGCCCCUCCUCUUCCGCGCCCCCCUCCCAACCUGGCGCCGUGGAAAGCUCGCUCUCCUCGGUGAUGCCGCGCAUCCCAUGCUUCCUCACCAAGGCCAAGGCGGCGCCCAAGCAAUCGAAGACGGUCUCGCGCUCGGCAUCCUCCUCACUGGCGCCACACCCGAGACCCUCCAAUCCCGCCUAGCUCUCUACGAGGGUCUGCGUCUCAACCGCGCCAGCGCGAUCCAGCACUUCAGCAACGCCGGACAGGAUGAGCCCGAGAAGAUUCGCGAGGCUGCGGGGAAGUAUAUGGAUGCUGAUAAAGUGCCUAAAAACCCGGAGGAGUUCUUUGAGUUUAAUUUUGGAUAUGAUAUUAUUCAUGAUGUGAAGUUGGCGCUGCAGAAGGAAGUGCCUGGGUGGGAGGUGCCGGAGAAUUUCUUUGAGAGCCAGCCCGGACGGGGGACGUAUCCUUGAGGGUUGUGUAGAGAGAGGAAGAGGUGGGGAUAGCAGUGGUUGGUUAUGGUGAUGAGAUAUGAUUGAUAGAUUGGGUAUAGAUGGAAAAUACAAUAUUGUUAGUGACAAGACUCAUGAUAGGGGAAGGGGCUGUGAAGUAUUGGGAAAGAGAGAACAAACUCCCUUUUAAAACGGAGUUUCAGGGACAAGGUUUUUCACGUGUCACACCCAUAGCAAGAUAGAAACGGGUGAGAUUGGAUUGUUGAGA